UUUUUGGUUCGCCUCUACUGCCUCAGUAGGCAAUAAGACGUCUGGAUGGGAGGUUGUGUCGGUUCGCGCUCCGGCUAGCUAUCAUAUAUGUCAAUAAUGGAGCCGAAGUAUAUUAUCAGGGUGGUCUUCGACACGAUCAUCCUGUUGACAGUGGCCAUCCCUAUCCUUCUGUUCUUUCUGUUGGGCCAACCAGUAGAGCGCGGGUUUCACUGUGACGACGAAAGCCUGCGUUACCCUUAUAAGGACUCCACAGUGUCCACUGGGGUCCUGUAUGCGGUGGGCACAUUACUGCCAGUUACAGCGAUGGUGCUGCUGGAGGGCUGGCGGGCACGACACCAACCAAUUGGAAAGUCUGUUAGGAUAUGUAACCGCCGGAUCAAUUCUUGGAUGUGGGGAUGUUAUACUGCCAUUGGGGUGUUCCUUUUCGGAUGUGCCUGCUCCCAGCUCACCACAGACAUUGCAAAGUACUCUGUGGGACGCCUCAGACCUCAUUUUGUUAGCAUCUGCAAUCCAGACUGGUCAAAGAUUGACUGUAACAAGACCCAUUAUAUAGACCCCAUCCCAUGCCUUACCCCGAAAGAAAACCACAGGAUGAAGGAGGCAAGGCUGUCGUUCCCCUCAGGCCAUGCCUCCUUCUCGGCCUACACUAUGGUGUACCUUGCAAUCUACCUCCAAGUGCGAUUCAAGUUCAAGGCCCCAAGACUCCUUCGUCCCUUUCUGCAGUUUCUUUGUCUCAUGUUGACUUUCUACACCACACUCUCCCGAAUCUCAGAUUACAAACACCAUUGGUCUGAUGUCCUCUUUGGCUUUAUUCUUGGGACAGUUGUGGCAACUCUUAUUGCGCGGUAUGUGUCGGACCUUUUCACCCCACCCAUCCAGGCACAGUGUAGCAACCAGGGCCACCCAGUGUAUUUGCAAGAGCGGCGGUUACCCGACACAGACAGUGAGGCCAACAACACUGUCAACCCCGUACGGACUCAGACUGCAAUGGGGACUGUGAGUGAGUGAGUCUGUUGGAGAAGAUGCAACACCAAGGAUCUGUAGGUGGAUCUUUUAGCUACUUAGGAAUUCCGUUCUUCCAUUAAAACGUUUGCUAACAAGACACGUUACCUUAACCGUGAGGCUGUCGUGAAGCCUGGCUACGACGGUGAUCACAGUCUUCCUUUUUGUUACGGCAGAAAGCAUUCUGGCACAAGAGCUAUUGUGAUAACUCUCUUACAACCUUGAUGUUUAUGUAGCCAUGCAUAUUUCCUGGCUUGAGAGUUGUGUGCUUCAUCAUAGCCUCAUCAGUAGGUUGUUUUAGAAAUUUUUAUAUUUUACAAUUAUUUUUGUAAGCAAUAUUUAGUGUUAUCUUUCUGUCAACAGAGGUGAUAGUAAUUAUAGGGUUAUAGGGUUAGUGUACUUGAUAGCACCACUACCUACUAAACCUUUCACCUGACUAGACAGAUGCUUUAAGUAAUUAUUGCUGCACAGUAGCGCCAGUAUGGAAGAGAGCUAGAUGUAGCAUUUGAUUCAACCAUGGGCUAAAAUGUUGAUAACCAAUGAACAUCGACAUUUAGGGGUAGAGAUACAGGUACAGGCCAUCAUUCUUAGCUUCUGGAAUGUACCUGAAUGGUGCAGCGCUGGGGAUCAUUGGUAGGGAUUCCUCUUUCUUCUCACUUAGCUAGGUGGCCACAUCCUCACCCUUGGCUCCAAGGAUCAGUCUGUACAAUCUGUAGAGCAAGAAAAUCAUAACUUGACUCACUUAUCCCUUUCAGUACUUUACCUACAGUACAAAAAUAAAUGUAAAUGUGUCUGCUUAUCAACCAAACAUUCUAGCUUACCUUGAUAAGGGUGGUCUGUUCAAACACUUCUGUGCCCUCAGGUCUCUUUAUUGUUUAUUGUUUUGAUUUUAUUAACAUGAAAAUUCAUGUAAUAUUUGUAGUUUUAUGCAAUUUCAUAUAUAUAUAUAUAUAUAUAUAUAUAUAUAUAUAUAUAUAUAUAUAUAUAUAUAUAUAUAUAUAUAUAUAUAUAUAUAUAUAUAUAUAUAUAUAUAUAUAUAUAUAUUUUUUUUUUUUUUUUUUUUUUUUUUUUUUAAUACAUCUCAUUUUUAUAGUAAUUCUAUGUGGGUUUGAUAUUUCACCUGUUAAUUUUCAUAACACUUUUAUUCUAUGACAUUACCUCUAAUUUGAUUGUUGCAUUACUGCAUUACCUCUGUAAUUUGGCAGUUAUUGUUACCUCUGUAAUUUGGCAGUUAUUAUUGUGAUUUUUUUUAUUUCCAUUUCAUUUUUAUUAAAUCAGACUGCUUCUAUUGUAUAUCAUUCAUACUCAGGAUGCAUGAAAAGCAGUUACUGGCCUUUUUUUUCCAAAAUCUACGACAAAUUUGAAUGUAUUUAUAAGAACACAUUUCCAAUAUUAAGAACAGAUUGAAUUUUUUUCUUCCCAUGUUUCCUUUCCUACUUUGCUGGAAUGGUGAGGCAGUUGAAGAGGAGCAAUUCCUUCAGCAAACAAGCAGACCGCCCCUCACAGCAAAGUUGUAUGGAAAGAAACAUUACUUUUUACUGUAUAUACAAAUGGAGUGUUCUGUGAAGUGUCAUAUAGUAAUUAAUUCUGGAAGUAAUAAUAUUAAGAACAAAUACCUUUUUUUUUUCAUAAUAUUUUAAUAAUUGACAUUACUUUUUUUGCUAUGGCCUUGCUGGGUGUUUGCAUAAUAAAAGUUUCAUCUCAUUCUCAUGAUGAAAUGUUAAUGAACUUACUGUGUUAAGUUCUAGGCUUAAUUUUUUUAUAUGUAACUUUUAUCACUGGUAUUAAUUAAUAUAAUUCAUAUAUAUUAUAAAUUCUUUUUUUUACACUUAACUUAUAAAUUAAUUCACUUGUAUCUUACAAAAUGUCUGUAGUUUUAAAAGUAUUUGAUUUCCCAGCAUGGAUCUCCCAUUGUCACAAGAAAUCAUUAAAUAAAUACUGAAUCA